AUGGGAGGAACUCUUGUCGCUCAGCACGCUAUCGAUCUCCCCGCGACCCCGCCGGUCGCCGGCCACCCGGUCCCCGCCGUCGUGAAGCCCGACACGCCGCCGAGCUCGCGCCCGACGUCGCCAGAGGAGGCGGCUGCUGCGGCUGAUGCAGCUGCGGCUGCCGCCACCGACGAGGCCCCGCCCGCCCCCCACGCCACCGUCGAGCGCGGACACCGCAAGCCGACGCUCCACCCGCUCUUUAACGACGCCUCGCUCGACCUGCUUAUUCGUUGCGAGGGGGGUACCGAGCCCACUGGCUUCAUGGUGCGCCGUGGCAUGCUCGAGGCGAUCUGCCCCCGCCUCCGCACCCUCCUCGCACCGUGCCCCCCGGGCUCGUACACCGUCACGACGGACGACAAGCCGGCCGCGUUCGCGUCCUUCCUCACGCUGUGCCGUCUCGGUCCUCCCGGCGCGCGGGCCAAGACGCCGUUCCUGGCGUUCAACACGCUCGGGCGCAAGAAGGAGGCCGACGCGACGCCGCAGCUCGACGAGCUGCACUCCGUCCUGCCGCUACUGGAGAAGUACGGCGCGGUGGACUGGGUGCGCGGCCUGCUCGCCGACGACGUCGUGGCGCUCGUGCCGCAUCUGCUUGCCGGCGAGAUGAACCAGGCCAAGACGACCAAGCUGCUGCAGCUGGCGCACGGCACGCGCUCGCAGGAUAUCUGGCACGCGGCGAUUGCCAACUUCCAGAAAUGGCCCUGGGUCAACCCUUGGAAGAUUAGCGAGGCGGAGCGCACCCAGCUCGGUAACAGCGUCUACGAUAUCCUCGUGGGCGUGUGGUGCAACUCUGAGCGCUUUGACGAGGACGGCCUGGUCCGCACACGUAUCUUCUACCAGGGCGACAGGCCGCCCAAGCUCUACCGCGUCGCCACGCUCCCGCUCAUGAUUAACAGGCGCAAGCCGGCGGUGGCUUAG